ACUUUGUCUUUGUUUGUUUUUUUUUCUUUUUCUUUUGUUUGUUUCUUUUAGGUACCACAAGUGUAAUUUUAGCUCCUAUAUUGCUCCAUCUUUUUCAUUAUUUGAUUCCAUUUUUGUUAUUUUUAGGUAGCAUUAGUACUGAUAAAAUGCCUACAGAGACUGAGGAGGAGUUACCAACCCCUACACCCGAGCCCAGUAUCUCUGAGGAGGGCAACUUCCAUUCCCAAUACCAAGUAUUGGGGACAAUUGGGCAAGGGGGCAACGCCAAAGUCCUCCUGGCCCACCACCGGCUCACAGGAACCCCGGUGGCUGUCAAAGUUCUGCGAAAGGACAAGCAGUGGUUCCAGCCAGCCAUGAAGGAAGCAAACAUAAUGAGAAAGAUCAACCACCCCAACAUAGUGUCUCUCAUACAAGUUAUUGAAAAGGAAACGAGAAUAUACCUCAUAAUGGAGCUGGUGGAAGGCCAAGAACUCUACCAGUACAUCAGAGAGUCAGGGCACAUAGAGGAGGAUGAGGCCCGGCAAAUAUUUGAACAGAUAUUGUCAGCAGUGAGCUACUGCCAUGGAAAGGGGAUUGUUCACCGAGACCUCAAACUGGACAAUAUAAUGAUUGAUAAAAACAAAAAGGUCAAAGUCAUCGACUUUGGGCUUAGCACCCAAUUUCAACCUGGAAAAAUGCUAAACCACCACUGCGGCACGUACUCCUUUGGUUCCCCUGAACUCCUCCUUGGCCAUCGGUAUGACGGGCCGAAGAAUGAUAUGUGGAUUAUAGGAGUGGUCUUGUACUGUAUGGUAGUGGGAAAGCUCCCAUUUGAUUCAGUGAUCAUCCAAGAACUGCAAAGACAAGUAGUGGCAGGGGUAUAUCCUGCUCCCUGUGGGGUUUCAAAAGAACUGGAGGACCUCCUUAGUAAAUUACUGAGGGUAAAUCCCAACUUUAGACCAACAGCAAGAAAGGCGAUGAAACACCCUUGGUUCAAAGAACACUGGAACGGAUUGAUAGGUCCCUAUGAAGAACUGCUUACCCUCACACCAGACCCGGCCAUUUUGGAUGCCAUGAAAAGCAUUGGAUUCCAAGCCUCUGUAGUAAAACACUCUUUAAAACAAAGAAAAUAUAAUGAGGAAAUGGCAACUUAUUUCUUUCUACAAAAGCAGGCUCUCCAGGGGGAUGGCUGCACAACCCAGGCACAGCAAGUGAGUCCCGUUGCAGCCCCAUUCCCUAGCCUUGAUCCUGCUGCUGCUUUUAGAUUAGAACCAAAGAGGAGUGGAAGCCUGCCAGUCCUUGGCACCUUGCGGGUGUCAUCCUCCCAUGGUCACGUAUCUCACUAUGGCCAGAAUGCUCAUCAAAAAGGAGGCAAAAGAUACACUGUGGCUGGUCGUCUCAGGCCUCUACCGAUGACACCUACACAGGACCACUAUCACAAAUGUGCCGUGAGUGUCCCAUGCAUUCAAACAACAAGCAUCUUCAGUGAGAAGAGUAGCAAAAAGGAAAUCAAAGAAGACAACCCACUCUCCCACAGAGCCCCAUUUGAGGAUAAGCCCAUCCCCAGCAGGGUCCGGCACAGAAGUUUUAAGGGGUGGACCAGGAAUAUAGCAAAUGCCCUGAUAAAGCUGUGUUGCUGCAUGCCAAGGAGAAAGAAACCUCGCCUGGGGCAGAACAGAAUCUCCCCCCAGAAAUGAGCCACAGGCAGAGUCCAGAGAACAAGCAGCAGGCAUAGCCCACGUAACUUUGUGCUUUGUCCUUUUCAGUUUGCUCUAUGCUGGUCCUUCCUCUUGUCUUUGGUUUCCAUUUUCCCCACAAUUCUUACCUUGUAUCUGCUCUAAGUUCUUUAUGAGGUUUCCCCAACACCAAGCCUUCUCACUCUUCUUGAUUUCUCCUCUUCCCAGCAGGGACCCAAUAGGAUUGAUGAGUUCCACACUCUACAGAGUUUUCUAGUUGGCCCAUCCCUUCAGAUGGACUCCAGCUCCCCU